UGUCCUGUGUGUGUUUUUCAAAUGUUUACUAUUUAGCAGGGGUGGCAGCACAUAUGGAGGUGGGGAUGAUCUGCAGGAGUGAUCUCCCACCAUGUGAGUUCUAGGAAUUGAACUCGGGCCAUCAGGCUCAGCGGUGUGUGCUCUUCUGCUGAGGUGCUCCCUUCCCCGUCCCUCAUGUGCCACAUGUACUGGGUAGAAAUGGCACUGACUCAGGAGAGGUGGGUAGGUGUCCCUGCCAAAUCGUCUAUUUAACGGGACAGUAUGCUACAGUUGUAGACAUUGUGCUCUGUAGGCCUCCAUGUGUUUCUAGGGGGUCCUGGAGCUAUAAUUCGGUCUUCAGAGUCCUUGGGGUUUGGAAUAGGUGUGGCAUGUUUUGUAGUGACAGCUGAAGGGCCUGGAAACUGCUGAAGAAAGCCCUUAUCUCAGCAGGCUGUAUUGGAAGCAGCUGAUAGAUCCAGGGGCCUGGGUGGGGCAGGAAAACCCCAAUCUCCUGUGUUCCCACCUAAACAUCCACCGGGUUGGCUGAGCCAAGGGUGAGAGCCCAUCCGUCUGAGCAAGAACAAACAUGCUUGUGAAAAACUGAAGAGUCCCCACCUCUGAGGGGUGAAAAUAGCCCCCAGAAGGUGGAUGAGGCCAGAGCCAGCCCCGCCCUACUCAGCACUGAAGACUGACACAAAGGAAUGCAGAAGCCCGUAGGGAAAGUUGGAGCUGUGGUUGGCAGAUGAAGAGCAGAGCGCUUCUGGGGGGAAGAGACAGACGACAUGGCUGGGACACUACAGUGCCUGCUCUGUCUAGUGGUGGCCACUGGUCUCCUCCCUGGGGUGGGGGAGCUUCAGCCUGCCUCAGGCCAAUCCAUGGACAGCUCUGUGGUGGGAAGUGGCCUCCAGGAGCCAGAGGGCCCGGAACUCCUCUUGCAGCUGCUCUGGGCCAAGGUAGAAGUGAACAUCAGACAGCUGUACGUCCAGGAUGAGAAACCAGGAUCCACACAUCCAGGCCGUCGACUCAGGCUCCUGCAGCAGCACCUGCCCAGUAAUUCGGAGGGUGCUAGGCAAUGGUUAUAGCAAUUCUAGGAUCUUUAGAGACGGUCUCUUAGCCCUUGGGAUAGUCAGCAUCUGCUUCUUAUAGGCCUGGUGUGUGUCUAUCAGCUCCAUGAGACCAGUGAGGUUGAGGAGAGGGGUUGUUGGGCCCAGGUCUUUGCCCUCCUGACACAGGAAACACUUUACCUGUGCAAGAGUUUCUGUCCUGGGGGGUGGGGUGGGGGUUCCUGGGCCUCCAUCCUUGACCCUAGCCCCUGACCCUUCCCUUUCACUUGACUUGAUCCCCCUGCUCAUCACCUUUCUCUACCCUGGACAGGACUCCAUCUGCCUCUGGUUCUUCCUAGUCAGAUCUCUGGCCUAGCUUGGCCCCUGGCUCUUGAUCACUCAUGCUUAUUCCUAGUUUCAUUCCAUAGACCCAGCUAAGGCCUGGGUUUCGGCAAUAAGCACAGUGCUAAGUAAGGUAAGGGCAAGACUGGCAGCCGUGGUUACAUGCAGGUAUGUCCAGAGGUCAGCGUUGAGAGGUGUGUUUAAUUUAAUACAUGAUGAAAGAAAAGCAGCCCUAAGGUAAUUCAUGUCAGCUCCUCUAACUCCUAUCCCGGCAGUCCUGUGAAAUAUGGAAACCCUGUGUGCCUGUCACCCAGUCUUAAGAGAUUCAUUUCAAAGCUAACCAAGACUCUAUGGUCUCUGAGUCCCCGUGUGGACUAGGAGCAUAGAUUGGACUUCAGUGGCUCUAUUUACAAGGGGCGUAGAGGGAAAAGGGGGAGGAACAUUACACCUCUUUGUGGAGAGGAAAGAAAAAGGUCUUCUUUUGUUUCAUCUCAAGCUGGGCGAAGACCCUCGCAGAGAGACUGGCUCAGGCAGUGUAGGGUAUGUGUUGCCCUGAUUCUGUGUAGCUCUGUUCUGGCCUCCCAGGGCCCGUCUUACUUUUGUGCCUAAGACAACUUGCGCUAACAGUGUUCUGAGCAAAUCACUCAGCCCAUUCUGGGAGGGCAGGAGGCAGGGCAACCAGGUCCAGCCCUUAUCUCAGUCCCAUGCCCUACUGAAAGAAGGAGCAUGCUGUUUCCUUGAAUCCUGUGUUCCUAGUAGGUUAGAGCAGUAGGAUGAUAUUCCCUGUCACAGAGAGGCAUAAUCGGGGCCCGAAGAAGAAUGUCAUUGGUCAGUGAGAAGUCAGAGGGAGGGAUGCACUGGACACAGACAUGAAGGUGAGGCCUACCUGAAUUUAGGAGAACAUGCUUCAAAUCCU